AUGGACACGCAGCUUUGGCCAUGGCUCCUCCUGCUCCUGUCCGUCAAAGGGUCGGCUGGGAUUGCAUGCUACACCACCCUGGAGUCGGUGGACUUAGGCUGCCUCCUGCGGUGGGAUUGUCCUCAUGCCAGCCCUAAUGCUACCUUCACCGUCCAGGCAAAGACGCAGGGGGGCCCGUGGAGGGACGUGUCCUGGUGCAUCUGGGUGUCUGCUCACUCCUGUGACGUGUCCCAGGCGCUCUACAACUUUGAGGCGUACAGCAUGGUCCGAGUGGGGGUCCAUCCCAGCGCCAGCGCCACCGUGUGGAUGAAGCCGCGCAAGUUUGACUACACUGACUUUAUCUUCAGUGCGCCUUCCGUGUCUCUGUCUCUGCAAGAGGACAAGCUGCUGGUCACGGUGCAGUUUCCCUGUGCGUCCAGCAGGCGGUGCUCUGCGCGGCGCUGCUGUCCCAUCACAGAGCUGAUCGACCCCCUGACCACUGUCACACUGUACAACAAGCUCAGCGAGUACCAGAGUCGCACAGUGUGGACCCACGACACCUUGUCCUUCGUGGAGUUCUCUGGUUUAGCCCCGGGUCAGAACUACUGCGCUGUGGCCAACUUCUCCUUCCCAGACCUCAACAUGGCCUCAUCUCCCAGAUCCAGCCCUCAGUGCAUCCAGACCGUGUCCUACACAGGACUGGUGCCUCUGCUGGGCAUCGGGGUCUCUCUGGGCCUGCUGCUCAUGGUGCCUCUGUGUGGAGUGUUUCUACGACCAAGACGCACCUCUACAUCCCCCAGUGAUCCGCCCAAAUCACCGCCGCCUCUCCAUGAGCCAGUCAUCUUGGAACCUCUGUCUGCGAUGCCUGUGGACCUCAGGGACAUUCACAUAGAAGUCAGUGACACAGAGUCGUCCCAGUCCUCCCCCAGUCCCUCGGUCCACACCUCUCCUGUCUUCAGACCGGCUCCAUGCCACGCUCCGACGCUGCUCCAGCUUCACCAAAGCCACAGCGACCCCCACGGCCCCCCACAGCCCUGCUCAUCGAUCAGUUUGUUUAGCGUCUGA